AUGAAGCUCUCGCUUUUGAUCGUGGUGGUGGUGGCCGCAGGCACCACGCAUUCGGUCCCGGUUCCUGCGCCGAUGUUUGGGAUCCCGGUGAGCACGUGGGUGGAGAGGUAUCCGUUGAACACAGGAACUGACGCCUGCCGUACUCCCUUUACGUUGCGCGGUAGUCCGAAUUCACGGGCAUCCUCAAGCAAGUUUCAUAAAUCGUCCUUUCCGUCCUCCUGCCUGCGCGCACGGUCCGCUGACUUUGUGUUCGCUGUCACUCGCUCACCGAAGCAGACAAUUCAUGCCUGGGAAGGUACGAGGCUCGAAUUGAUUUGAUGUUGAUACGUAGACCCUCAGAAUUGCUCAUACUUGCUCUCCGCCUUCAGCCCGGCUUCUCCGUCGCUACAAAACUCGUCUCGUAAGUCCGUGGAGUUUGGGACCACCGUUGCCCAGCGCCGUGUUGACAAGAGUAGCACGGACCCAAAUCUGACCCCCCUCCCCCUUAUUUGCUGCUUUCCCCCUAAUAUUACAAAGUGUACUUUCAUCAGGAAUGUCGGCUCUGAAUAAAGGUGCUUCGGCCUCCUCCUCCACCUCCAGUGGAGCGACUAGUGUAGGUUCGGGGAGCGGAACUGAGCGCCGUCAGAGUUGUCCCAAGAAAGAAGCACUGAAGCCACAUUUCAUUAACCAUGUCUCCACUUUAGGUUCUCGGCUCGGUCCUGAAACGAGACCCUUCCAUCAAGUACGAAAGGGCUUGGUGAGUCGGCUUGAGGAACGCAAAUUCGUGAUGUUUGCUCUGAACCACUUUCUUGGCGACCGUGAAGCCCCUUUUUGGCAGGAUCGGGGUCUUCCGGCCUAGCCUCGGGUUCCAACUCCCUCAAGUCACUCAGUUCGACCAUUAAGAAACGUGAGGAGUCCCCCGAAUCGGUCAAAAGGUCUUGGUGAGCUUGUUUUGGCAGCUCGGACCUUCGGUCGUUACAACAAGCUAAUCGAGUUUGUCGCAGCCCUUUCCUGGCGGGAGGAUCCGCGACUUUAGGCAGCGACUCUGUGAAUGCGCUCCGCUCGUUCGUGAAACGAGACCCUUCCGUCAAGUAUAAAAGGGCUUGGUGAGUCGGCUUGAGCAACGCAUAUUCGAGAACUUUGGGCUGAACCCCUUUCUUGACCACCGUGAAGCCCCUUUUUGGCAAGAUCGAGCUCUUCCGGCCUAGGCUCGGGUUCCAACUCCCUCAAGUCACUCGGUUCGAUCAUCAAGAAACGUGAGGAGUCCCCGGAAUCGGUCAAAAGGACAUGGUGAGCUUGUUUUGGCGGUUCCGACCUUCGGUCGUUACAACAAGCUAAUCGAUUUUGUCGAUGAUUAGCCCCUUCUUGGCGGGAGGAUCCGCAAAGUUAGGCAGCGACUAUGUGAAUGCGCUUCGCUCGUUCGUGAAACGAGCAGAAGACGCGGAGGUCGAAGUGGACGCGUAAGUCCGAAUGACUGUCACUUGCGCAACAUACAGGCGUGCUUUCCCCGCUUCAGCCCUGGCGCUCACGUCUAGCCUUGUGCUCGCUUCACCUGCAGUCCAUCACCGGAACCUCGGGAUCAUGUGAAAGAUCCUUCGAUAUUUAACGUGACACGACGAGUAUCGCCUUCGGGCUCGGGUCUCAUCCCCAAGGAUCUGAAUAGCACGGCGGUCGUAAGCUCGGUGAGUUGAGUCAUGGCUGGCCUUCUGCAGAUAUCGAAAUAGGACUGACCUGAACAUUGAUGAGAUUACUAGUAA